GUUGCCACCACUUCAACGUGGAUAAUUCAACUAGAUCCGAAAAAUGGAUACCUAUACAGACUUGAAAAAUUUACAGGACAUCGCCCAUGAGCGUUACCCAGAGCUGUCUGCCGCCGAGGCCUUUAUCGCACUUCACCGUGACGUUGCACUUGGACUACGCCCCAUUCUGAAAGCCACACCUGAGAUUACGAAGCUAUACGGUCUUUGUACUAGUAAUCCAGCUGCCAUACUGGCAGGCGAGGGGGCGAGCAUGCUCAGGUCCAUUAUCUCAGAAUUAUCCGCCGAGAGCUAUGAGAAGAUUUUCGGUGCCCACACUGCGUCGGGCAGUCUCACCACUGAAGAAGAUACCAAAGCAGCUCAAUCAGCCGCAGAAAUACUCCAGAAGUGGAAAUCAGGCACUCUGGGCUUCUCAAGUCCCAUCGGGACAGCGACAGCAGACGCCAGCCUUGUUGAUGGGAAUGUGCAAAAAGCUACGAGUAAUGCGACGGCGCCGGUUCGAGGUCCUCGCGACACAAAAGCCUCAGCACUCGAGGUUAUUAAUUAUAAUGAAUGUGUGCAGACUGCGCUAGUAUCCAUCCAAGCUAUCCAAGGAUACCAAGCAGUACAGGCCUUAAAUGCCAUCGCAGACCAUCUCGGAGACAGUAAUGCGAUUACCGUGUCUGGUUCCGGCGGUCCCAACGGUUUUGCUCAGCAUGUAUAUGAUCUCGUGAAAACAAAAAUACUGGAUAUUCACGAGGCGAAGCGGGAAAGUCAUCGUUUUUUUAUCUACAACCCUGACACGAUGUGGUAUCCCGCAUUCGGGCGGUUGACUAGGGAUAACCCUCUUCCGCCGCAGUUCGUUGAUAAAGGAGAUCAUCUGGAUCAUAUCUGUCUGUUCAUGCGAGAAGCCAGAACAAAACUAAAUGAGGCAGACCCAGAGCACGGACGAGACAUUACUUUUCAUCUUCUUAUUCCGACAUGGCAGAAACUGGGUUUCAGAGAGCCAUUUCAUUUCCCCGAGGAUCUUUACCCAUUGCAGAUUGAGGGGCUGAAGAACGGAGGGGGUAAAGAGAUGGUUGAGAUGAACCUUCCAGAAGCGCCUAUUGGGCUCUUACAUGGCGUGGCAAAUGCUCUCGAUCCUAGAUACUGGAACAAGAUCGCAGAAGGGGCUACUACUGCUGCUUCAUUCAUCCUGGGUGUUUUAGGCAUGAUGUUCAAGGAAGAAGUGUAUGGUUUGUUCCGUGAGAAGGCACCAAGGGUACUUGGGUCUAACAUGCGCUUAAGCCAGAAAGCGAGGUUCAACAUUAUUUCGUAAGAGGAGUACUUUAGAAUACUGAGACAGCGGACUAUCUCACCUGAGGAGG